AUGAUCGUGUUCGCGGUGAUCUAUGGCGUAAACGUUUUGCUGGGUUUCUUUGGUAACCUCUUGGUCAUACUGGUGGUAUCUAUUUAUCGAAGAUUUUACCACAUGAGAUACUUUUUGUUGGCCAGUUUGGCACUUUCUGAUUUCCUCUUCACGAAUUUGAUAACCGCUUUUCGUAUGUUGGCCUAUGGUAUUGGUAAGUGGAUUUUUGGUACAGCUUGGUGUUAUGGUACAGCGUACUUCGCCAGAUUUCUACACCUCAGCACAGUACUUCAUCUGUGCGCUGUUUCGUACGAGCGAUACGAAGCCAUCUUUAAAAAUCCUCUGACCUAUGACGGCUGCAUCACAAAGAAAAGAGCCAUAGUAAGCAUAACGCUGAUGUGGAUCAUCCCCGCUGGUAUCUCUCUUGGUCCCUUUCUCGGGUGGAGUGACUAUGUGUACAACCCAGCAAUAAUGGUAUGUGAGCAGAAAUGGGACAUGGUAACGACAUUGCCGCUCCUAGCAACAACAUUUCUUGUACCGCUUGGAAUAAUUGUCUUCCUAAACUACAGAGUCCUCAAAGUUGUCAGUAGACUUCAGAGUAGUUUGAAAAUAAUUCCAGUCACUGUCGAAGAACAACCAGGUACAAGGCAUCCUGCAGAGCAAAAUGGUCAAAACCAGUCUAAGAAGCAAGGCAAAGUAAAGAGAGAGCGAAACCUGCAUUUUUCAGACCAUUUAGCGAGAAACGAGGAAGGCGAAACUGCCAAACCACCCCGCAAACAUCAUGUAAUUAAGCAAGGGACUUUGAAUAAAGGCAGCGUUUAUGCAGAAGGAGGGCAAAAUCCCGCUUUCGAGGAAGAAACUGAAGAAAUUCAAGAAGUAACGCACCAGCCAGUCGUUGCUCAGAAAAACGAGGGAUCACCAGAAAGUCGAUGUAGCAGCCCAGUGCAAUGGUCCAGAAAAUGCAGUAGACGUAAACGAGCGAUGAAAGGCACAGAAAGUGUGAAAGAAGGAUUUAAUUCAACAUUGCAAUCGACGCAUUCGUCAUUAAAUGACCAUCGAUCGCCUCAACAAAUGGCCAACCAGGAAAAGCAGUCUCAGGAAGAUGACGUUGUAGUAUGCAUAGUAAAUCCACAUCAAGGGAAGACUAACAAAACCCAAACAAUGUUAAGAGGAAGCUCAAAAAGUAACAUGUCAAAAGAAAACACUGGCGGCCACAACAUCUUUCAAGGAACGGAACGGGAAAGCAAACCAGGGUCUCAUCAAUCAGAUGCAGAAACGAUCGUGCGCCAGCCCCAGGAUUGCAAAGCGCCCUCAGCUGAAAAUCAAAGAAACCGGCAUGGCAAAACACAGAAGAGACUUGUUAAGUUGCUUAAAGAGGGAAAGGCUGCCAGAGAUGUCAUAAUCGUUAUCGGAAUAUUCCUUCUUUGUUAUCUACCUACGUGGGUAUCAGCUUGCUAUCGUAUGUUCGGAGGAGAACAAUCUGUAGAGGUAAUACUUUCAGCCCAUAGUAUUUAUGCCACCACCAUGUUCUGGAAUCCUAUUAUAUACUCUAUUCGAAAAAACGAUUUUAGACAAGCGGCGACGAGGUUACUGAGGUUAUAA